GUCCUUGACGAGAGGAAAUCUGCUGGGGCCGGAAGAAGACGAAGGUGCAGGAUACAGAAGAUGAUGUCAGGAAAGUGUACAACAAUUGAUGAUCAACAUGUUUCAGGAUCUGUACCUGCUGUUUCAGACCCAGGACAGGUCGCCGUGAAGUUCACAGGCUCCAAUCUUCAGACAUUUCCUCCAUCUGUACCGUUAGGAAAGAUUUCUGGUGGUUCGUGGCCUCCUCGUGAUACUGAUGAUACAUUUUCAAAUCCUGUAUCUGGUUCUGAUGAAUUCCAGCAGAGUGGCUGGUUUCGGGCUUUCACUGUAGCUGCAUACAAGCCAUACGUCGAUAUUGACACUUCAGAUGUUCUAGAGAGGAUUAAAGAAUCACUCUUUCCAUUUAGAGGAACCUUCAAUGAAAAAACUGCUAGCCAUCCUGAUCUGUAUGGGCCUUUCUGGAUCUGUACAACUUUAAUAUUUGUAGCAGCCUCUAUUUGCACAUUUGUGACAUAUAUAGCACACAAGUUGAAGAACAAGGAAUGGAACUAUGACAUAAAUCUGGUGACUUGGGCAGCUGGUUUGUUUUACGGUUAUGUCACCAUUGUUCCUCUUGGUCUGUAUGUAAUCCUCAAAUACUUAUCCGCACCAUCCAGCCUUGUUCAACUAUUCUGUCUCUAUGGAUAUUCCACCUUUGUCUUUAUUCCGGCUUUGUGUAUGUCAAUUGUGCCAUUGGAGAUCAUCAGAUGGGCGAUUGCAGGUGUUGCUGGAAUCAUGUCUGUAUCGUUUGUGGCACUUAACCUCCGUGCACAUAUCCAAUCGGCAGGAGAAAGGUGGUUCUUGAUUGUUGCUGGCAUCUUUCUUUUGCAGCUGGCUCUAGCUGUUGUCCUAAAGUCGUAUCUCUUCACAGUAUCAGUUUGAAAGGAAACUGAUCUGGUAUCAUCCUAAGAAGCGGGAAUAUAUAUAUAUAUAUAUAUAUAUAUAACAAAGAGCUUUUUUACCGUCUUCUAGAGGCUUUUUUGUUUUUUUUACCUGCUUCUUUCAGAGGCUCAGGCCUACAUUGUAUAGAAGAAAUUGUUUUCUGCUUGAACCCUCGUCUAUUAUUUUAUCGGUGGCAAAUAUGUAGGUUCCUUGUGCAGUUGGGCCUUCACAUUUAUAAACACUUGUCUUUUAUACUCCAGGGCUUACACACACUCACACAAAGUGUUUUGACAUUUGUUGUUACACGCGAUAUAUUCAGUUCAUACUAAGAAAAAUUGUCAGAAUUUGUAUGGA